GGCUGCUCAGAUAACAAACCCGAGGAGCAGCGGAGGAGGAAACACAGGAGCCAGUGUGAAUCCCACAAAAUGACAGAAACUCAGAAAGCCGCUCCUGACACUGCGGGUGAACCCAUGGCCUUCCACUCUCAGAAGGAAAUGUUUGAGAAGAUGGAGGAAUCGUUUAAAGUGUGUGCACAUUGUGAGAAGAGGCCGAAUCAACACUCAAACGCACAGAACCUGAAGCGCUGUGUGAGAUGUCUAAAUGUCUACUACUGCUGCAGAGACUGUCAGAAAGAGGACUGGCACAAACACAAGAAGCUCUGCCCGCUGCUGCGUCUCGCUGCCGUCGACAGAGUGGUGGAAUGGCUCGUGUUCAAAGGAGAGCUUCCAUUCUCCACAGAGCAGUGGUCGAAGCCGCUGUCAGAGGUUAAAGGUUGGGACGACUGGCUGGCGAUGCAGGGAGAUCUCACCUCUCGCCUCGAUCCCAUUUUAAACGGAGCCAUCAUGUCAGAGCUGUGGAUCAACACGUGCAGACCUCGGCCUGAUGUCCACGACCUCGAGCAGUCGCUGUGGCGGGUCUGCAGCGAGUUCUUCUCCCGGCCGCUGACCAUCGCUUGGGGGAUGAGGCUGUUUGGCCUGAAGCCUUUUUCCAAACCUCUCACCAUUCACGUGGUGGGCGCAGGCCACAGUGAGACCCUGGCUGCCAGACUGACGGACUAUAAUGAGCUAAACAACAUGUUCCCCGGGCACCAGGGGAUCGAGAUCGUCAUGGUGGGACCAGAGGUGGUGGACGGCCCCAUCAUGAGGCCUCCUCUCCAGGGGUUUGGCCCCAAGAAGUCGGUCUUCAUCAGCGCCUAUAAGGGGCUGUACCACGAGUUCUGGGAGGAGCUGGUGGAGAAAGCGGAAGCAGCAAAACCAGACCUGGUGGUUGGAUUUCAUCCUGGGUUUGAUGCCAGUCAGGGUCUGGACCAGGGUUGGCUUCCAACUCUUCUGCUCCUCAGGGAUUAUGAGAUUCCUUCUAUUUUCACUGCUCUCAACGAGACGGAGAUGACCUACUCGCUGCAGAUCCUGCUGGAGCUGGAGAUGGACAUGAGGGGGAGCGGCGCCAACCCGUUCUCCUCGCUCAAACCAGAGGCGGUGGGCUCGAGUCCGGGCAAGCCCCCCGUCUACUGCAACUCUCAUUACUUCUGUUUCCAGGGUCUGCUGGAGACGGCCGAGUUUGAGGAGCCGGCGGAGGCCUGA